AUGGACUUCCCUGCACUCGUCUCCAACCCCUCUCCCAACAAUGCGUCCAGCUCAAAUUCUCGUCGUCGGUCUCGUAGGGCCCAAUUGAUGAGCGAGACGACAACGCCCUCUCUUGAAGAGCUAAACUCUCGCUUUGCGUCACUUGCCUUCAGCGUCCACAGAAUCGAAGACACUUUAAGUCUCUUGUUGGGCAAAACCAAUCGACACGUCUAUGACAUCGUUCACCAACGAGUACUUCGCGAUUAUCGAGGUGCUGAAGAAUUGGGAACAGCGUUAACAACCAUUCCGGAACUCAGGUCGGCCAAAGACGCUCUUGAGGAGAAACUGGAUGCAAUUGAGAAAAAGCGGCACCAGGAGUAUGCGAAUGUAGCCCUAACUCUGGCAUGCAUAUCGGCAAGGUUGGCUGCUAUUGAAGAAGGCCCUGCCGACGGAAACAGACGAAACCAGGAUGCACCGCCUUCUGUCGAUGUUAUGAUGGGACCUUUCUCCAACGAAUUCACUCGCAGAGGGACAGAGGACCGUUUGCUGGCGGCCCAAAAAGUGCUGGAAGGUGAUGGAGUCAAGGUUAUGGACUUACAAGACCGCCCGGGCUUCCUCCGAGUAACCUUUAUGGAUGAGGACUCUGCCCAUGAAUUUGUGAAUAGGGUGGCUCACGACGAAGAACUGAACGUCAGGGGCAUCUUUACCAUCAAGCCUUGA